CCUUGAUUUAGGCAAUGGCACGCGCCUGUCCAUGUACUUUAUAAGACUCCUCGCGUGCCUGGCUGGAACUUCAUCAAGUCCUCAACCUGCAAAGGGACCACAGGAGACCAGGACCACUGCUGUCACUGGGGCCACCAUCACGCCAGAGGGGGAACAUGGACUCAGUUCUGGAGCAGUUUACCGGCUUGGAGUCCUUUCCUUCUCCUUACUUUGAUGAAGAGGAUUUCUUCACUGACCAGUCCUCCAGGGACCACCUGGACGCUGAGGACUUCUUAGAUGACGAUGUGGACUUCCUGACCGGCCAGAUCCAGGAGUACUACAAGGACAGCCGGGUCAUGCAUGGAGAAGACUAUGGAGACCCAGGCAACUUCUCCUUCUCUUCCUCCUCCUCCUCCUCGUCGGGGGGCUUUCCAUAUGGCUGCGGGGAGGGGUCCUGCGAGCUGUCCCCAGGGAUGAAGGAGGGCAGCUCGGGAAUGAAGCGGAGGAAGAGGAUGAGGUCUGAUGUAGAAAUGCAGCAGCUUAGACAGGCGGCCAAUGUGAGGGAGCGGCGGAGGAUGCAGUCCAUCAAUGAUGCCUUUGAAGGUCUGAGGUCCCACAUCCCCACCUUGCCCUACGAGAAGAGACUGUCCAAGGUGGACACCCUGCGCCUGGCCAUCGGCUACAUCAACUUUCUGAGCGAGCUGGUCCAGUCUGACCUCCCACUGAGGAACACCAACACCGAGAGUCCGCACCAACCCAAGAAAGUCAUAAUCUGUCACAGGAGCACCAGUAAGUAUCCUGACCCAGGGAUAGUCUGUUACUACCUACAUGCAUUGGGAUGGGGUAUAGUGAGCCUCCUCACCCAUGGAUAAUCUGUUACUACCUACCUACCUGCAUUAGAAUGGGGCAUAGUGAGCCUCCUGACCCAUUGAUGGUCUGUUACUACCUAUCUACCUACCUACCUGCAUUAGAAUGGGGCAUAGUGAGCCUCCUGACCCAUGGAUAGUCUGUUCCUACCUACCUGCACUGGGACGGAGUAUAGUGAGUCUCCUGAACCACAGCCAGACUGUUACUACCUGUCUGCAUUGGGGUGGGGUAUAGCGACUCAUAGAAAGCAUGUUAGUACUUACCUACCUGCACUGAAAAAGGGUGUAUGGUGAAUUCCCUGGCUAGCCUGUUACUAUUACCUGUCCUGGGUGAUUUAUUGGGGCCCCGGAGUUGCUGCAGUGCACUGACUUACCUUGUAGACCUCCUGAGGAGGAUGCAGCAUGCAGUCACUUUGUGUAAUAGGAACACCUACCGCAUGCCAUGAGAACUCUACACAUAGUGAUUCUUUGGAAUUCUCAGCAUCGCUCUAACAUAGUCCGUGUCUAAUCGGUUCUGAUCCAGUAUCAAGUAUCAUUUUAUUUUCUUAGUGCACCAUGAUAACUCGCAUUCACCUUAAUGAAGUCAUUAUUAAGUAAUUAUGUUUAACUAAUUGGGAUCAUUGUGAUACUAACUAUAAUAUAACCAUGCAGGCAGUGUAUCCUGGAUCAGCCUAGCGAGGGGCACUGUAUUGUAACCCUAUAGAACAAUGUGCUCCUGGUCAGAGCAAAGGGUUCAUUCAUAUUAAAUCCCUGAAAUUAGCCAGGAAAUUAGCUACAAAAUGUCCAUUAGUUUCCAUGGUGAUUGCGCCAAAGUUAGUAAUUCCACGCAAAACAUCUCCAGCUUUGACAAUGUAUAUACACUGUGUAACGUCUUAAACUAGGGACCAGGGACAUCAUUUAAAUCACAGAAUAGAAACAAGUUCAAAAUAUAACAAACUAAAAUAUUCCUAAUCUGAGUAGUUGCACCGCUGUAACUACAACUACUUACUUAUUGUGACAGGCAGUUAUUAAGCUAUUCAAAUAGAGAGAAUUAAAAUAUUGUCUUCUCCUCCCCAGGAUCUCCGUCUCCCAGUGACCCAGAUUAUGGGCUCCCUCCUCUCACUGGACAUUCCCUGUCAUGGACUGAUGAAAAACAACUCAAAGAUCAAAACGUUAUCAGAACUGCUAAAGUGUGGACCCCAGAAGACCCCAGGAAAUUAAACAAAUCUUCCUUCAGCAACAUCGAAAAUGAGCCCCCUAUGACGCUGAUUCUAGACCUGUGAAUACUGGAUAUGCAAUAUUCCAUGUGUGUAAAUAAUGUGUAUAUAUAUGUGUAAAUAUUUAUAGACUCCAAUCUAAUGUAUAAUCUUUAUCACACGGAUGGCAAUCAGCUCGAUAUUUAUAUAUUUAUUACUAUUUUGUUUAGAAAACAAAAAUCUGAAUGUGUAAUUUAUAUAAUUUAAUUGAAGUAUAUGCAAUGACAGCACCUUUGUAUGAACUAAAAUCGAUCUAAUUUCAUAUCAGUAUUUUUCAUUUUUUUGGAAGAUAUGCAGAUAAUUUAUUUUUCUAAC